AGAAUUCAUUUUAGAUCAGAUCAUGGGUAGUGCAAGCUCGAUCAUCAAUAUGAGGUUAAACCGUGUCUUUAUAAAGCGGUUAAUGGCGAUGUUGCUUCAGCCAUGCGCUUAAACCAACAGCUUAUAGUGCUUAUGCACUGGCGGAGCAGAGAGCAAAACAGCUUACUUUAACGUACUCGGGCAAGGGCAGACAUUCCGUCUAAAUAGCAUAGAAAUAGUGCGCUGCUUUAUGUCUUAUUAAUUCGCUAUAUGCGUCUGCGCGUUAAAACUUCGUGCUUUUGGCCACUCGUAUUCAGAUUCGUGGAAUGGCUUAAUGCUGGUGCUCGGCAUCGAGUAAGUGAUCGGAAAACUCUUCCUUAUUGGAAAGCCCUUACGUAAGGGCUUCUUCAUGCAGGACAUCGCGAUUUAACAAAGCUCUUUCCGACCGAGAGCGUGUGCGGUCGUUUGUGUUUGCAGGUUGAUGGAUUUGAUCAAAUGGAAAUUGCUGGUAUGCGGGCAGUGAACGCGUAACGUUAUGAGUAACGAGCUUAUUUGGUAGGGCGAUGGUGACGUCUUUUUGUUUUUCCCUUCUAUUUUAAUUUCUGGACGGAUGCUUUAUUUAUUGUUUUGUGCUUCAGGGUUUGUCUUUUUCUGUCCUUCGCCAUCGUUUUCCAGCAAAUCUCGCCUUUGGAGCAGAAAUGGCUGGCGACUGUGGGCUAAAACUGUUCGGCAAGCUGUUCAUAUCCCCCGUCGAUAGUCGCCAAGCCACAGUGAUAGGAUAGUGAUAGGUGUACCAUUGCCGUUUUUGUUAGUGUUUAUCAUUCACUUACACGGACCCAAACGAAGACCGAAACCUGCCUGUUAGACAUAGUAACGUUGUUUAUAUUCCUGUUAACUGCAGUGUGUAUUGCUUGUGUGAAUAGGUCAACCUAAAGAAACAAGAAGGCACAAACAGGCCUACUUGGUUAAGUUUUAUUGAGCUUGUUUAGGCGACUUUGCUCUAAGAAGCUUUUUAGCAUGUCAUCAUCCUCUUCACUGUGUGUGUGGAGAGAGAGAGAGAGAGAGAGAGCGCUGCACAGCCUCCAGCGUUUUGGAGACCAGCUGCUUUUCGGCUCUAUUUACAAACCAAAAGCCGCCUUUCUAUGAGCUCUCGGUGUUUAUACGUUAACAAUGUCGCUUGCCAGUAUUUAUUUAUUUAUUUAUUUAUUGAUUUAUUUAUGACAAUUAACCCACUUCUUCAAGCUCACCCUUCUGUAAUCUUGGACUGGGCUUCGGGAAACUCGCUAUCGUAGAUAACUUUUCCCAGCUGGACCUGCUGAACGGACUGUUUUGUGCCACAGAAAUGGCGUCACUGACUGCAGCGCAGACAUUACGCGACCUCGCGCACCAGCUCGGGCUCUGCUGUGUAGCUGGCUCUCUACAAAUCCGCACCGAAGAAAUAGCACAGCAGUUGUGGACAGAAAUGAAGACUCUAGAGGAGCCUGCAUACCUGACUGUCGGCACUGACGUGAGUGCCAAGUACCGUGGGGCUUUCUGUGAGGCCAAGAUCAAGACAGCCAAGAAACUUGUCAAGGCCAAGGUGACCUUCAAACCAGACUCAUCCACUGCUGAGGUGCAUGAUGAGCACAUCCGAGGAAAUCUGAAGGUGGGUGCUGUGGUUGAAGUCAAAAACCAAGAUGGAAUCUACCAGGAAGCUACCAUCAACAAGCUCACAGAUGCUAGUUUAUACACAGUCGUUUUUGAUGAUGGUGAUGAGAAAACCCUGAGGCGUUCAUCCCUGUGCCUUAAAGGAGCACGUCACUUUGCUGAGAGUGAGACGCUUGACAGGCUUCCCCUGACCAAUCCUGAGCACUUUGGUACUCCUGUCAUUGGGAAAAAAGGCAACCGUGGGCGUCGAUCUAAUGCCAUACAAGAGGAAGAAUCCUCUUCCUCAUCUAGUGAAGAAGAAGAUGGUGACCCACAACAGAAUGAGGAACUUUAUGGCAAGGUGGUGGGUGUGGAAGGUGUUGCUCCAGGGGAUAAAAAGAAGACAUUGUGGUUCCCUGCACUGGUUAUCUCUCCAGAUUGUCAUGAGGAUGUCAUGAUGAAAAAAGACAGCGUGUUUGUCCGCUCCUUCAAGGAUGGGAAGUUUCACAUGGUUCUGCGGAAAGACAUUAAGGAACUUGAUGGUGAAAUGGAUCCAAAAACAGAAGCCAGCCUCAAGCCAGCACUGAAUGCUGCAUGGGAUUUCCAGUGCAAUGGUACUGUGCCUAGCUCGUGGAGGACUGAGGUUAAGGAUGAAAGUUCCAGCAGUGAAGAAAACGAUGAGGAGGAUGAAGAGGUGCAGGAGGAUGGUGGCAGCAGUGAGGAGGAAGAGGAGGAGGUGGAGCCCUUCCCAGAGGAGAGGGAGAAUUUCCUCCAACAGCUUUACAAGUUCAUGGAGGACAGAGGCACACCCAUCAACAAAAGACCAGUGCUGGGCUACAGAAACCUGAACCUCUUUAAACUCUACAGGCUGGUGCACAAUCUUGGAGGAUUUGACAGUAUUGAGAGUGGAUCUAUUUGGAAACAAGUGUAUCAAGAUCUGGGAAUCCCUGUGUUGAACUCUGCUGCAGGGUACAAUGUCAAAUGCGCCUAUAGAAAGUAUCUUUACGGUUUUGAGGACUACUGCACCUCAACAGGGAUCACGUUCCGCAUGGACCUCCCAUUUAAAGCAGUGGAGAAGCUGAUUUCUCACACAGAUUGCAAUACUGAUGGACCAGCAGAGAGAACAAAGAGUGUUGAGCCAAAACCUGAUCCAGAGAGAUCACUAAGCACAAAAAAUAUUGUCAAGGAGGAGAAAUCAGAAGAAGUGAGACUUUUUAGGAACAAAGUGAACAUCAGAAGCCUGAAGGAAGAAGACCGGGUCUGUAGUGAUGAGGAAGACAAUAAUAUUCAUAAAGAGCCCCACAAACUCAAAGCUGAAGUAGCUGCACCAACAGAAGAUUCAUGCACAGAGAAUGUGAAGGCGGAACUAUGUGACGACCAGAACAAGGAACUGUUACGGGAUGACAGCAGUCAGGAGUGGGAGGAAGGGGAGGAGUUUGAGUGUUACCCCCCUGGGAUGAAGGUGCAGGUGAGGUAUGGGCGAGGUCGCAAUCAGAAGACGUACGAAGCCACUGUGAAAGAGUCAGACCUGGAGGGGGGAGAGGUGCUCUACCUGGUACACUACUGUGGCUGGAAUGUCAGGUAUGAUGAGUGGAUUAAAGCCGACAAGAUUGUCCGACCAGCUAAUAAGAAUGUUACCAAAAUAAAGCAUAGGAAAAAAAUAAAGAACAAAACUGAAAGAGAAAGAGACCGAAUAGAGAGUUUAAAUGACAGAGAGGACCUUUCUCCUACAAACAAUCGCAUCAACCGACUCUCAAAACCUUUCUCUGGCAGUGAUGGUUUUCCCAAAAUGGAAGAAUUUAAAGAUGCAGGUGGCCAGAAGAGUCCUGUUAAAUCCCUCAAGAUCACCUCCAAUCUCAAUGGCCUCCAAGCACCUGAGAGCUCCAUAGAUCACAGCAAACAUGAGCAGGAUGAACAAGGUGACCAUAAUAAUGAUUGUCCAGCAGGCCAGCUAAGCCUUCAGAGAAGAGCUUCUCCAGAAAGCCUUUAUAAAGCCCCACAAUGGGAAAGUGAGCCAUCCAGUGAGGGACACAAAGCUUCAGUGAGUAUGGGCACCACAGAGGUAUCAUCCAGCCAGUACAGUCCAGAAACAAAUAAACAGUUAGUAACAGAGGGGGAGGCCUUGAGCACCAGGAGAAGAAAAGCUGAUGGAACUACUGAGCGUACACAUAAAACCCAACGCAAAGGCAAAACCAGGGGUAGCAAGUUGAGCGAUUGGCUGUCAGAGAGUUCACUUAAGAAGCUGGAAGAAAGAAACAUUGGUACUCUGGAUGGAGGCAUGCAGUCCAGCAGCAGUUCUGAGGAUGAGGGUGGUCUUCUUAUGGAAUCCCAGGCCAAAGAAGAGCUUCUAAUGCACCACAAAGCCAAGGGUGCCCCUUCAAAGAAGUACAACGGCCUGAAGGAAAAGGCCAAGGGUGGUCGGUCUUCGGCAUUCUGGGAAAUCCCUGACAAGCGAGCUAAAAUGACAUCUGGAAUGGAAGACAGGACACCUGGCUGCCGUACCAAAGGCCAUAAGGAUGUAUGGUCCAGUAUUCAGGCCCAGUGGCCUAAGAAAACCCUGAAAGAGUUGUUUUCUGAUUCAGACACUGAAGCUGCAAAUUCUCCUCCUCCAGUGGUACCUGGACUGGGUGACCUGGAUCCCGAGCCUGAGCAGAAAAGUGAAACACGUGAGGAGCCACAGGAGAGCCAAGAAAAGAACCAGGAGUAUCCCAGCAGUGGAAGCAACUCCAUCCUCAACACACCACCCACCACGCCAGAGUCUGCUGAGGUCUUGCGUGAGAUGCACUCAUCCUCACCACCCCCUCAGAGUUCUGUCCUGGCAUCUUGCUCUCCAGCCACAUCCUCACCAGCUGGGCCUUUGACAGAAGAGUGUGUUGGUGGGCGCAGCGAGUCUGACACUAGUACAGUGGAGAUGGAUAUUGUGAGCUGUGAGUUUCACACACUGCCUCAGGAAGAGCAGUCAGAAUCCCUCUCCAAAGCUUUUGAUGCAAACCUGUCCAGCAACAGCAGCUGUAGCCUGAGUUUAAGCAGCAGCAGUCAGCAGGAGAGUGAGCAGAAAUCCAAAGUCUCAUCAUCCAAUCAGAAGCGGCAUAAAAACUCCCAGGGAGGUGGAGCGUCAAAGAAACACAAACAAAGUCACAAAACCUUGAACUUGCAUCCCAAAAAGAACCACAAAACAGCCAACAGCAGUGACAGUGAGGACCAAUGUCUCAGUGAGAGCACUGCCAAAUCACUUAUGUCCAAGAGCAGCCCACAGGACGUAAAGGCCAUAACACCACCCAAGGGCUCUGCUCGGACACCGCCAUCUCAUAAAUACCACAAACAUGGGGACUCUGAGCAUCUGCAUCCCAAAGAACAGCAUAGAAGCAGCCGGGGUUCCCGCACUUACAAGUGGAGUUUUCAAAUGUCUGAUUUAGAAAAGAUGAGUAGCCUAGAGAAGAUAACAUUCCUUCAGGAGAAAUUGCAAGAUAUCAGGAAUCACUAUCUCUCACUCAAAUCCGAAGUGGCCUCCAUUGACAGAAGACGAAAGCGUAUGAAGAAAAAAGAGCGGGAAACAGGUGCAGCAGCAGCGUUGUACUCCUCUUCUUCCUCGCCGUCAUCCAGCUCACUGACAGCAGCUGUUAUGUUGACACUUGCUGAGCCCACUGUCUCAGGCUCCUCACAGAACUCUGGGGUCUCGCUGGAGUGCAGGUGAUGGGAAAGAUCUACUUACAGCACAUGGCACUUAACCAGCACCCAGCUAAGGCUCUGGCAUUCCCCCACACUAUGAAACAGGACUAACUCUGAUUAAUAGUCACCUGAAGUAAAGACCUGAGGCACAAAAAAGUGAGAGGCUUGAAAAUGGAGCCUGACAGCAGGAAGCACUAUUUUCUAUUGACAGCUGUUUCCUCUGCAAACUAAAUGCACUCAAGUGUACUUUUUCCUGGUAAAUUGUGUGGAAUUAGGUGUCAGAAUGCAUACAGCAACUUUUUUUUACAUGUUUUAAGUUCUGAGCAAUAAACAUGACCAUGUAGAUUUUAUCCUUUCUGUGAAGUGGCAACAAUAUUGCAUUUAUAGACUGGAAUAAGAGUGGCUUAGUUCUUUGUGUCUCCUCUGUCUCCUAUUAAAGACAAGAGUGUCUUACAGCCCUGCAUUCAUUUAUUAUAUCAAUUGUGGUGCUCUGUAAAAAUGUCUCACGCUCUUAUGCAACGCGCUUUACCUUUAUGUUUCAUUGAAAAUGUUCCUACUCAAUUAAUUUGUUUGGUCUGCCCUUCCCUGACCAGGAAAAGGUGUACCAUGAUGUAGAUCUUUAUUUAUAAUGAAAAUAUGUGUGUGUAAAAUACUGAAGUUGCCUCCAGUGUUUCCUCGUUGUUCUAUAACUUGCAGGUCUAUACUGGGUGGCACUAGUAUGGAAUCAUAUGCCUUUGUAAUACAUUUGUAUAUUGAGAGGUGUGUUUUGAGGUGACCUGUUUAAUAUCUUGCACUGUUAAUAAUAUACUACUUUUUUGUACAGUUUAUACUUUUAACUUUAUUGUUAAUACAUUUUUGACUGUCUGUGUAUGAUUGUGGUAAAAGCUUUUUUUGUUUGUUUGUUUUUUUUAUUUCAUGGAUUUUUGUGGCACAGGUUUUAGUUUCAGAUUUAGUUUACAUAUUGUCGUAUAUGCUUUUUCUUUCCUGUUUUGUCUUUAUGUUCUUUUAGUUUAAAUUGUGGUUGGCCUUUUAAUGUGAUUUUAAAGUAUUUUCCAAUCUGCACAUGGACUGUAAAGUUCUGAGACCAUGUAUGACAGAGUGCGAAUGUGGCAAAUUCAACUGUAUUUAUCAGGUACAUCAGAGGAUGGAAAUUGUGUAAUUUAUUGUACAAAUGUAAGCAGCAAAACACCAGUUUUAAAUAAAUACCAAUAGUUUGUGAGUUUUAA